AUGACCUCAGCAGCAGACGUCUUUCACAUCGAAAGACGCGUGUUUCCUGCCGCGAUGCCGCGCUCGACAACCCGCGCCGUCGUCAACCCCGACACCGACCGGCUCGAGGUCGCGGCGAAAAUCUACAGGCCCAAGAGUAAUCCUGAUCCGCGCGCGGGCGACGUGACUAUUGUUGCCGCUCACGCGAAUGGGUUUGCGAAGGAGCUCUAUGAGGUGCUGUUCAUGGAAUUACUAGCACUUUCCGAGAAAAACGGGUUCAGGAUACGGUAUAUCGUGAUUGCAGAUGUAGUCAGCGAGGGCGAGUCGGGGAUCCUGAACGAAUCAAAGCUCGGCGACCACUUCUCCUGGCUGGACUGCUCACUCGACGUCGAGCUCAUGAUCCAGAUCCUGGCUCCUCCUCCGCCAUUAGUCGCAAUGGGCCACUCCUUCGGCGGCGCUAUCCUGUUCAAUCUUGCGACGAUCCAUCCGUCGUUAUUCACGGCGCUCAUUGGCUUGGAUCCGAUCAUGGAAGCACGCGUGGACGCGGAGCAAGUUGCGGUGAUGCCCGCCACUCUUUCGGCCCGUAGACAUGAUCUGUGGCCGUCGAAAGAGGACGCGCGGGAUUACUUUGCAAAGAGGAAGAUGUACCACCGGUUUGAUCCGCGGGUGUUUGAGCUCUGGAUGGAAUAUGGAGUCCGGCAUCUUCCGACGAAACUAUACCCCAGCUACCCAGGCUCACCAUCGACCAAAACCUCAGACGCAGUGACUUUGACGACGACUCGGUACCAAGAAGUCUACGUCUUUGUGCAACCAAGCGAUCCGAACUCGAGCGCAGGCCCGCUCCACCGACCAGACUCGUUCAUGGUAUUUGACAAACUCCACAAACUGACCUCCGCGCCGAUUCUCUUUAUCUCCGGCAGCCUUUCCGACGUGUCGGAGCGGUUCCACAAGAAACUUGAAAUCCUGAAACAGGCAGAGUAUAAGGUGAUGAAGGACGGCGCGCACUUGUUCCCGCUCGAGUAUCCGACUGAGACGGCGGAGUGGGUUGCGCCGUUUCUGGGCAAGACGUUGAGCAAGUAUGAGGAACAAAGGAAGGCCGAUAGGGCGUCGGGGAGAUUUCCGGAUCGGUUUAAUGAUUACUAUAAAAAGCAUCUGAAGAUUGAAGCCAAGAAGCCUGCAAAGCUAUGA